AUGGGAGACAACCCAAGCGAGCCAUCAACUUCUCUCAGCCAUUCCGCGUGUUCAACAGGACCCUCAGUUGGAAGUGAGGAAACAAGCUCAUGGCAAGGUGGAAAGGGUAAGCGUCACAACGGGAGUAUAGAACCCCAGACGACUCCGGUGGAUCUUCUGAGACCUUCAGCUGACAAGGCCACCGGAAACAGAAAAAAUGAACCUCUUGAUCGUCAGCAUUGCGUAGUCGUCCAGGGUCUAUCGGAGUCGGAUGCUCCUACCCCAAAGGAGAGGAUCUCCGCUGACCUUAAUAUGCUUCAACACCUACUGAACGAAAUGCUUAAUUCGAAUGAAAAGAUAGCCAUUCGCGCAGUCUUCAGGAUCGGAAAGAAGGUGAGCGAACAAUAAGAAACUGUGAGGCCACGACCUCUGAAAAUUGUUUUGAACAGUAAAGAGGAAGCUAGCUUACUUCUGUCCAGGAAAAGCAGCCUCCGAAACUUUCAUAAGGAAGUUUGUUUGCAGCCGGACUAUUCUCCAGCGGAACGUCUGAAACGCCGCGAAUUGGUAUUGGAGUUGAAGAGGAGACUUGCAGCGGGAGAGAGCAACUUGGCCAUUUUCAGGGGACGAGUAAUACAGAGGAACGCGAUGUUGUUUUGGAACCAGCCAGUCAUCAUGAUGGCGGCAGCAACAUAAUAUUGGCAAACCCGAGACAAACCGAGCGAAGCACUGUCGAAUGUUGCAAACUAAAAUUCUUUUACACCAAUGCUCAGAGUCUGUUUUCCAAGCUUGACGAACUGAGAAUACAGGUAGACGAUACUCUUCCCGAUGUAAUAGCAAUAACAGAAACGUGGCUGUCAGAGGACGUUGGUGAUUGCGAGGUAGCAUUAACAGGAUACCAUUUGUUUAGGAGAGACAGGAGAGGCCGCCGGGGUGGAGGAGUUGCCAUGUAUGUCAAGAGCAACUUAGCAGUGUUUGAGAGAACCGACAAGAUUUCUAACGACACAGGGGCAAUUUGGCUGACUAUAAAGGCGCGGGGAUCUCAGUCCCUCGAAGUCUUAACUAUCUACCGGCCCCCGCAGACGGAUCCCGACCCAGAUACUUGUCUACUGAAGAGCAUAAAAGAGAUCGCCAGCCGACCAGACGUUGUUAUCAUGGGGGAUUUUAAUGCACCAUGCAUUCAAUGGAGCGAUAUGCAUGCGAAAUGCUCGAUGAAUACCUUCGAUUACCAUGUACUAAAGACAACUCUAGAAGCUCUACUCACGCAACAUGUCCUGUUUCCAACUAGAGCUCGUGGAGGGCAACAGGCCAGUUGUCUGGACCUCGUUUUUACCAAAGAUCCUGACAGUAUAGACGAGGUGUACUACCUAUCCCCGCUCGGUCGAAGUGAUCAUGCAGUGCUUUUAUGCGAGUACUUGCUGUAUUCAGAACCGUGUACAAAAGACAAUACGAGGCCAAAUAUAUGGAAAGGGGACUUUCGCCAAAUGAGAGCUGAGGCAUCACAAAUAGACUGGGAUGUUCUCUUCUCCGGAAACGUUAACGAGGACUGGAAUUUAUUCAAGGAUCGUUUACUGCACCUUAUGAAGAACCACUGUCCCUUAUCAAAGCCUAGGACAUCCAACCGCCCUCAGUGGCUUACACGAGAACUCAAAAGGGAGAUCAACAAGAAAGGUAGGUUAGGAAAAAAUUUCGCGAGAACAACAAUAAUGCAGCGUUUACAGGAUACAAAAUUCAAAGAAAUAAGGUGAAAAGCCUGAUUUUCAGGAGGCGGCGGGAUUUUGAGAGUAAUUUGCUCCACCGAGCCGUUAAAAAUCCGAAAUUGCUCUACAGCUAUUUGCGGAAAAGCACACGUAACAGGAAUCCCAUUCCUGUUAUGAGGGGUGAUGACGGCUUGGAGGUAUCGGACAGUACAAAUAAGGCUGAGAAAUUUUCUCAAUUUUUCCGAUCCGUUUUCACAAGAAAAGCGGACUUUAACCCAUCUAAUUCUGAGAACAUGAGAGAUCCCACUAUCGAAAAUAUUGGGUUUCGAGAAGAAGCGAUUUUGGAAGAACUGAAAAGCUUGAAGGAAUGUAAAUCUCCCGGUCCGGACGAGAUUCCAGCAAAGCUGCUCUUUGAGCUUGCCCAACAGCUGGCCAAGCCACUAUCCUUUCUGUGCCAAAAAUCGUUUGAUACUGAAAUUCUUCCCACAGACUGGAAGACGGCCCACAUUACACCCCUUUACAAAAGCGGUAGUCGUGCUCAGGCGACAAACUACAGACCCGAAAGUCUGACAUCAAUCUGCUGCAAAGUGAUGGAGAAAACAAUCAAAAAGGCGUUGAUGGCUUACUUGGAAACCCACAACCUCUUGUCCAAUACACAAUAUGGUUUCCGUAGGGGAAGAUCAUGUGUUACGAACUUGCUAUACACAAUGCAAAGUUGGACACGAGCACUGGACGCAAAACACACCGUGCAUGUUGCCUAUAUUGAUUUUCGGAAGGCGUUUGACAGUGUUCCGCACCAGCGUCUCCUACACAAGUUGAGAAUUAUGGGCAUCGGUGGCAAACUUCUCAAAUGGAUCGAAAAUUUCCUUGUCGGCCGCUCCCAAAUUGUCUGCGUAGAACAACAGCAAUCAAGGUGCACAUUCACAGAGAGUGGGGUCCCACAAGGCUCGGUGCUCGGACCAACUCUCUUUCUCUUGUUCAUCAAUGAUUGCGUAGAUGGGUUGGACUGUGAUUGUGCCAUGUUUGCGGAUGACAUAAAAAUCUGGAAAGUCAUCCAGAAUGCUGCCGAUGAGACGAACUUCCAAGAAAAUCUUUGUUGGUUGGACGAGUGGUCCCGCAGAUGGCUCUCGUCCUUCAAUUUGAACAAAUGCACCAUUCUGCGCCUCGGAAAUCAGAGCCCUAGUUCGCGGCAAUACCAUCUGAACGGAAUGCCACUCCGAGAAGCAGAAACUCAGAAAGAUCUCGGAGUUUGGGUUGCAGACAGCCUAAAGCCUUCUACACAAUGCUAUAAGGCGGCCAAGGCCGCAACGUCAAUGCUAUAUGCCAUCAAGCGGGCAUUCGUAGUUUUCGAUGAAGACUGCUUCACCAAAGUCUUCGGCACGUUUAUAAGGCCCCAUCUCGAAUAUGGAAUUCAGGCCUGAAGACCGUGGACGCACCAGGAUUACGAUUUGCUCGAAAGGGUGCAGAGGCGAGCCACAAAAUUAGUAAGAGGUCAAAGUGCACUGCCAUAUGAGAUUCGCUUAACUAACCUUAAUCUCUAGCCUCUGAAUUAUAGGCAGUUGCGCGGAGACAUGAUACAAACUUUCCGUAUCGUGCGCGGCUUGGAUUGUGCCCUUCGGUGCGAUGACAUUUUCCAACUCGCCACUACAAAUAACCUCCGGGGCAUCCUUUCAAGCUACGUGUGCCACAGGGUAGACUGAAUGUGAGAAAAUAUUUCUUCUCCAACCGUGUCGUGGAACCGUGGAAUAACCUGCCCGAGACGGUUGUUAUGUCUCAAUCUGUGGAGACAUUUAAAUGUCGCCUUGACAGAUAUAUGCUGCAGCAACAAGCGGACUAUGUGACUUUUUAACCAUGUGACUAGUGACAUAUGUGAAUCAAUGUAUGCAUUCACUUAAUGCUGUAAUUUCUUCACAUUUUUGCAUGUUUAUCGAUUUUUUAUGUACAAACAGGGAGUUCAAAGGCGUAAGCCUAUUUCCCUCAAAUACACUGACUGACUGACUGACAUAGAAUAAAUAAGCAAUUAAUACGCCUGCAGGAAUGACAUGUGGAAGUGCUGGGUUACAUCAGUUCUGCUGCCGGUAGUGGAAACGCAGGCUUUACUUCCACUAUUAAAAUGUCUGCGCCGAACAAGCCUACUGCAAGUCCUACCGGCGUGUAAGACAAUACCGGUACUGCCACUUCUGUAAAACGUACUGUGCUAGUCCCCACGCGAAAACCUAUGUCUGUUGCGUAAACCACGGUAAAGGUAAUGUUUGUGUACCUGACUAACAAUCAAAUUAAUACGACAGGACAGUGGUCUGCAUAUGGAAAAGCAGUCCCUCCAUCAGCGAUUUCCGUCUACGCAGGCAGUGCCAAUAACACUAGCAGAAGAUGUUACGAGUACAAUCAGUUUAAGAUAUGACACUGCAGAUCCUGCUGCUGUUGGAGCUGUCCUAGCGCAAGCAAGACGUGGGCUAUAUGGAUUGCCAAGUCCACGGCUACCGAUAAUGCUACCGCGAGUGCGCAUUAGAUAGCUUGUCUAUCGUAGUUAACGUCCGCUCAUCAUUCUAUAGGACGCCUGAUGGCGUUAUGUAAUCUCCUACUUCGACAACUGUUACUGUCGUCAAUACUCAUACCACUUAAAGGUCAACAGUAAGUAUUACGAACAGUAAACCAAUAAGUAGAAAAAUAACUAAUACUGUUGCCGCGAGAAAUAAUAAUUUAAGAUAUUAAAACUGAAACAACUAUUCGUUUUCUUCCUGUGAGUGCCUUGGCCGAUCGCAGACAAACUGUCUAUCCACUGGUAAGAGAAUAAUGUGACAUUCACAAUCGAAAUAUUGAACUCUGAACUAACUGUCAAGUCACAUAUCUGUCCAAACUAAGUAUGUCUAGCGCAACCUGAUUAAUUUACGUCUGCGGAAUUUCCGCAUAGGUUGGGAGGUUGCGUCGAGAGAUGGCAUGUCUCAGUGAAUGUCUGCACUGAACAGCGUACAGUACCCGCUAUCCACUAUGUGCCUGCAGACAUGCGGCGGCCACCUCAACCCCCCCUAGUUUUUGUUCUCGCAAUCACGAAGCUCUUACAAUAACGCUUCCGGUGUCACCAAAAGGCCUCGGCAAGUAGGGUUUAAAUGCAGACACCCACUCGAGAGUCUUCAUGCUUGACCCUGCGUGACCUCGAAAUGUUCGUAAUGUUGCGACACAUGUUUCCACAGCACCACUCGGUGUCUUGUGCCUGCAUUCUCCCCUCCCCCACCCCAUCAGACCACUUAUCGUGCUCACAGUUUCAAGAUAAACAAAGCCCUCGAGUUUUCUGAUUGGCCUGAACUUACCACCAUGCGAGGGCGGUGUUGGCCUUGGACGGCGCCUCUUCAACCGGCACCAGUCACGACAUGACCGCCUGCCCACUGUCACAUCCGUUAACCUCCCCCAGUCCUACUUCCCUAGUUAAUCUGAGAUGUAUUCACGAGCCCUGUGUUUGUUCAUUGUCCGAGUUGCAUGACAGGACGCAUUAAUGUGUACGCAUACACGACCUGCAAGAACCACCUCCCUCCGGCAUGGUGUAAUGACGUUUUAGUCACAUUUUACCACAGUAUGAAUUCACUUAACUUCCACCUAAACGCACUUUGCACCUCGGCAAGUCUCUGACCAUCCCUCUAGGUAAACUGCUAAGCCAGCGUUCCACCUUCGGGGAUGUUAACCCGGUAACCGGAUAAUGAGCUCACCUCGGGUAUGAGCACUGCAAAUGGCAAACAUAUGCUUUGCGCCUGCAUGUAACUGCCGCAGUAAAUCGUGAACCAAACCCAAGAAGUUUGUCCAAACCACACAAGCGCGGUAGACAAAACAGAGAAUAAAGAACUCCAGUCGGCAAACAGUUUGAAUACGGAGAAAUUUACUUUGGUGUUUAGGCAGAAUAAAUACUAGUUUAUGAAGGUAAUUCUACCCGGUCACUGCUGUCGUCUGCAAUAUCACAUGGGCAAAGCAAAAUUUAAUAACAUCAACUGGUACGCCGCGUCCAUUUAUAAGCAGCAUAUGGCAACCGUCAGCAUUAUUUCCGAGAGCCGGUUUGUCCGUAAAUAAAGCUCGACACAUAAGUAAUCGCAAAUUCGGGAUUUGAUUGGUGUGGGCAUGAUGAAGUAGGUUAGCAAAUUAUUUUAUUUAACUUCCAUAAGAAUAAUUUUAUGGAAAUAGACCUUAAAUCGAAGGAAUCUGAAUGACUACAUCCAUUGGCUGUGUGAUGCAAGCAAUACGACUUGUGCUGAGAAGACUUGGGAUAUAAAUAUUACUGCGAACUCUACUACGGUAGUCAAUAAACCGUCUGGUAAUAUUACUGCCACCACUUGGGCGGCCUACACGAAGAUAUUUCCUAGAACUGCAACCAUUAACGGUCGUACAUCUACAGCCGUCGCUAUUGUACUGUGGGUAAUGCCACCGCAAGCGGAACUCGUAAUAUCUCUGCCAGUAAUAUAACUGUUAGUAGAACGGCGACCGUAUUGUUAUGGGUACUGCCAUCACAAGCAACAGUACAGCCCUCCUAUGAAAUAAGGCAGUCGGCCAAAACAGAAACCAUUACCGCUGCGGCAAAUGCCGGCUACUGCUACGGUAAAUGGUGUAGGCUUUCGUGCAAGUCAAAACGACUAAUAGUAAUGCCAGUAUGACUUCACCGUCAGAUGCCUGAAUUUAAACUGCAUACGGUAACUGGCAAUAAUAAGCUUAGUGCUAGUACUACUACUACUACUACUACUACUACUACUACUACUACUACUACUACUACUACAGCAACCAUUUCCUCAGGGCGUCGUGACUAGUAGUACAGCAGGUGUGAUAACUCAUGAAAUGUCAACCGAAAUUCCAACAAUGCGUUUUCGUUUCGAAAAGAUUAAUGAAGCAGGGUUGUAACACUAAAAAUCGUGCAGCGUAAUUCUGUACCAAUUCAGUUACCUUAGAAUGCCGACAUUCGAGCGAACGUCUUUCUGGCUGCAUGCAAAACUAUACUCUGUUAAAAUGACUACAUAUGUAGCAUGCACGUUUCUCAUUUAUUCUUGAUGCCCUUAAAUAUUCGAUUGUAUUUCAUGGAAAACAUAUUAAUUCCUUUGGCGCUUUGGUAUAUAAUCACGUCUUCUUCCAAUUAUGUACUCGAAGAAAGGGGUAUAAUUCGGCUUUAAAGUUUCUAAUUGUAAGAUUUUAAUACUGUGAAAUGGCCAAUCAUAAAACGCCCGGACUCUGCAUGUACCGAUGUGGCUUGUGAAGUUAACUGUAUGGCUCAAAUCCACUGCUAAAUUUUAUGAACCCCUUGAGAUUUCCUCCAAAUACCGUAGAGGAAUUAUGGGUUCUCGUACGCGAUGAAAUAUAUGGCUUGUAGUUUGGAAACUCUGAAUGCAAGUGUAACGGCAGGUCGGGUUCAAAAUUAUUCGGGAAUUAUAAAAGUUUUCGAAAACCGAAUUAUAUCCUUCCUUCGAGUAUAAAAUUGAACGAAGACAUAAUUUUGUAUCAAAGGAACAUGCUUCCAUGAAAUGUAAAUGAAUUUUUGAGUGCAAAGAAGAUCAAUGACAAAAAUUCGUGCUACAUAAGUAGUCAUUUUAACAGAAGAUAGAUUUUGCAUACAGCCGGAAAGAAGCCAUUUCGAAAGGGGGCAUGCUCAGGUAUUUGAAUUAUUAUAGAAUUACGUUACACGAUUAUGCAUUUUACAACUCUUCUUAAUUAAUCUUUUCGAAACGAAAACGCAUUCCGGAAUUUCGGUUGACAUUUCAUGAGUUAGUCCAACAUCUGUAAUUCUGAUGGUAAAACUACUGCUGCAGGUAGUUCGACGACUACCAUAAUUGUCCCCUCCUCGGCUGAACUCGAAGCGGACUGUGGCCGAUCGCGUCUGGGUUCCUGUCGUCUCGUCACUUUGACGCGAAUAGUCUCAUCCGGUGUAUGAAUUCUUCCUUGACCAUGUCCGUUUCUAAGUCUUCAUGCACCACCGCAUGCAGGCCAGUCCUAUCUGACCUGCAUACUAACCAUUUCAUGAAAUCCGCUAUACACUACCACGUGCAGGCCGAUCCUGCCCGCACUCGUAUUCUUUCACGAUCGACAGUCUUUUCUCCUUUAAUGUUAGUCCAAUCACAUUUAUUUAGUUUAUUAGGUAAAGGAGUUUUUCUUACUGCUCGCUCCUCAUUUUUCUGACAAAACUGCUUAUUAUUGAAAAGCAUGAACCGAAUGCCCUGUAGAUUCUGCCUACUCGUUUUAAAAUUCAAAGGAAAAUUUAUUUUUAUUGCUAUGAUGGGACGAGGUCACGCUGACAACCCUUCGAGGAGAUACUCACCCAGUAUUCCCGACGUUUCGGGAAGAUAAGCCCUAGCCUCCAUUACCCCGUUCGACAGCUACACCUGUGUUGUGGCCCGUACUUGGCUAAACACGGACGUGCGUGCACAGGCAGACGGAAUUUUUCCUCCAAACUGGUGGGUAUUCCGACAGUGAAAUAGUCCGAUCGUGGCUACGUUUAAAAGGCGGUUGGACUACUUCACUUUCAAUAAAAACGUCUGUAAUAACAGGACAGUCUGUAGCAAUUUAUAUUACAUCACUGACAGACUUUCCACCCAGCCUUUAAAGAGUGAUGUCUAUGACAAAUUCCGGUCUGUGUGUCAUCCCUCUGCACCCUAAGGUUUGUGAAUUUUUGCUAUGCCAUGAUUAGCUACCCAUGGCUCUCGCAGCCUGGUACUCUCUAACAGUUCUCCGGUGCCUGAUUCUCUGGCGUAGAUGCGCUCGAGCUUCUGUUGGGUGUGCAGGCUGUGUGCUUGGCCGCCCAGUCAUCCACUUCCUUUCUGCUGUUGUUGUUGAUCAAAAUCUGGUGAAGUGUCUGCUGUGGACAAUGGGGUGUGGAGUGGAGCGCCAAUGUGCGCGUUCGGCCGCGCCAUCCAUCUGCACCCUCUCCGCAUCCGGUCUCCAUGACUCUACUUUGACAUUGGGUCCAGAUGGCGAAGAGGGGAGAGUGCGACAGAUGCUGCCAAAGUCCACUAUCACAACAAACUACUUCACGCGCAAGUCACCAUACCUGCCUCAUUUUGCUGUUGAGCACAUCAUGAACACCAUCAGAUAUGACGGUCAAAGUAUCAACCAAUCAUUGCGCGUCUAUUUCAAAAUGUCCAGAACAUAUCACAGGCGACAGAUUUUUAAACCGACCGCAUGCAUUUGCAUACAUCAAUGUGACUAUACAUAAAAAAUGGUCGUUAAGGUCAUUGCCCUUACACCAAACGUACAGUUAAAUGGAGAGAAUGAAAAUAAGCCUGAAAUUCCUUAGUGCAAUCUAUGUAAAGUAUGCAUGUGCCGAUGUGUCGGUUUUCAGACCGUAAAUAUACCUGAAAAUGGAGAACUGCCAAAUGCAGAAUGUACGAAAUUGAUGAAUCCACUACUAUAUAUUCAGUAGGCUGCCAUACGAUACCUGUGAUAAACUUAUGUGCUUCAUUAGAGUAUUUAGGAUAUUUAAAGAUGCCGGAAGGAUUUCGUCGGCCGAAAAGUAUUAAACGAUGUGCAAUGGCCACGUCUGUGCGCAGACUCUGUCGGUGAUUCCUACCAAGAUCUUUGAAAGGAUUUAGCGAGGCUAAAUAUUUUCACAUGAAAAUCAGAAACCUAGCAACUGCAUCAGUAUCGGGUUUCCAAAUGCAAUAAUACAAGCCUGUAGCUUAUGAAAUCACUAAAAAUAGUCCGAGAAGCCGAAAGAUCAAGUGUAAAAAUCGCCAUCGCUUAGAUCUUAGAUAAUUGGAAGUGAGCUAGUGAGUUUUACGUAGACAUUUACACAUAAAAUAUCGGGCAGUCAAUGGAAGUUAUGACGUCUGUUAAAGAAUUUUCUAAAUCAUGCUGACGGAUAGGACCCUGAGUUUUCUUUUCUCUGAGCGGAUGAAAGUUCCACGAUAUUAACCAUAGGGUCCUCAUAUUAUUCAGCGUCAACGGCUGGCUGAUUUUCCCCUAACAGACUCCCUGCUGGCCAACAAAACGGCCUACUUUGCGCAUAUUAGUAUAGUAAUUCUAAUUUUAAGUAAGCACGAGCCGUUUUUUAUGUUUUACUUCGUGCACUAUGCGAGUAGGCACCACUUUUCCCGAUUUCAUCAGUCUUGUCAGUUUUCACGCAACCCUCCGUUAUCUACCAACUUAAACUAAUCUUCUCUGACGACAUUUUUUGCCUGUUAUUUUUUAAUAAUUGCUUGUGGCGUAGGUUUGACGUUCUUGUCGAGCAGUUUUUGUCGGGUUGAAGCUAUCAGGCCGUUAACUCUUCUACCCUGUCUACUCAUGGAAUCUCUGCUCAGUUCCUCAGUGCGUAGUGCCAUUUUAUAACCAUUUAAACUUUAACAGAGAAGUAACAAGAUAGACGGUGGUACUUGAUUGCCCUGUGACUUCUAAAAAACUGGACGCCUGGGUCCUUGAGCUACUCGCAGCCAAGGUUACAUGUAAUGGUUAUUGCUUUGGCGGUGGCGCGCAGUUCAUUAGUGGAUUUGUCACAAACAAAGCAUUUGCAACUGACAACGAAGGCCCUCUGCUCCUGGUCCGUAUAGAAUCAUAGGGCGGUGGUGUUUCGAGGCCACUGAGGCUUGUUAGACGACUUCGAAAAAUAUAGUUAUUUUCAAUAUAGUUGUUAAUAAUAAGAGAUUGUCAUAUGCAUCAGUUAAUUCGUGGAAACUGUCUGGUCGUUGGUGAGUUUAUUUUUUCGCGUAUAAAGGCAGGUCCACAAGCAAGUGGAAAGACGUCUUUGAUUCAUGCAUUAGCAGAGUCUCGGAGCGAGUUUUCUAGAACUUAUAACAUGGUAAGAUGCCGAUUUUGGAUUUUUAAAUCAGCAGACAAUCGUCCCCGAAUUAAUUGUCAAAAGCAUACUUGUCGCGGAGAAGAAUGUCGUGGUGGUAAUUGAUUGAAAUACUUUAUUUGCCUAGGAGUUGCUUAUUUAUGAUUAUCCAGGCAGUCCCAUUUAUAUGGACCUUCUAGAGAAAUACGUAAGUCAAGCACAAUCUAUAAUAGGAAGGUGCCAAACUCAAACAUGCUUGCAUUUAUUUUCGAUCUAACGGACAGAGAAAGCUUCGAAACAUGUGAUACAUGGAUUAAGAAGAUAAAGGACGAUGGAACUAAAUUAAAAGCGCCAGGUAAAACGAGCAGGCUAAUAUAUACAUAUUGUUUCAGGGGUUCUCAUUGGGAAUAAGUCUGAUCUCUCAGCGCGGCGCAAGGUGACAGAAAACGAAGCAAAAACAUUUGCUGAAGAGAAUGGAUUAAAUUACAUUGAGACAUCCGUCGUGAGUGCGAUUAAUAAUUUUCAUUUGUUUUAUUCGGCCACAGCAAAAUUUGGAAAGAUUAUUCGGAUUGUGGCAUUGAUGGAAGAAAAACGACUAGCCGACGACAUAACAUAAUGAUUAUGGGCAUUAGACUGUGUUUAUGAUUAAAAACCUAUUGAUUGAAACUCCAAGGUUUGUUAUUGAUAAUCAUCAACAGCAUCUAAUUGCCAUGUAGACACAUUUCUAUGCAAGCUUAUGUAUUUGUUCAAGGCCAGACCGGGUAGUACUGAAUUAAACCAAUUACCCCAGCAAGAAGCGCCGGCUAAAUCAUAUCGAGAAAAUUAUACAGAAAAUUAUACAGUCUGUGCUUGCAUUUCACUAGCAUUCAUACUCACCUGAAUACAUUUUUCCUACUGACCAAUAUCCAUAUUUUGAAGUCUGGUGUUCAUGCUUUAGCUUUUCGAAUAGUUGAUUGUUUAAUCAUGGCCAUGACGUUUUGGAGAAAAGUUUACAAGUCAAGUGACGAGACGUUUAGACCUAUCAAUUUAAUUUUGACAAAACAAGGACACUUUAUCGCCCAUUAAGACAGUUAACGAACCCAUAGGGACCCUCCGAAAUUUGUUCCUACAGCCUAAUACUCAGAGAGAUGGAAUGCCCUUAAAUUUGGAGAAUUUGCAACCACAAAGAGGCUAGAUGCAGUCCAAAGCAAUCGGUAUUUGUGCUGCUAACAAUCUGACUGGAAUAAGUUGUACCUGAUCCAUUUUAUUUUACCUCUGAUGAAAUCCAAAAAGCGGUCCUAACAUUACACUUGGGACGAGGCUGGUAUGACUUCGAGCCAGUAAGUCGGAUUCAGUUAAAGAAUAGAACGGGGAAUUUAUGCAGUAGUCAAGGAUUCCCGAUGUUUUACUUUUCUUUUGCUAAUGCUCGCGUGAAUACCGAACCGAAGCUAAACAUUGGAUUGCUGAUAAGAAACCUUGGGUGGACUGGGUACGCUAAUCCAGCAGACGAACGGUUAAAGACAGUGUGACAAGCUUGCUUACAGCUAAGCUACAGAAACUGUGAGAAUAAACGGAAAGCGACUUCUGGAUGAUACUGGGAUAGCAGAAAUAAUAACUUCCAGGCAGGCAGCUGGUUUAUUUCACGAAAUUACUGUGCUGCUUGAUUUUUUGAAUGGACGCAUUUCUUAGUCCGACUUUGGGUUACUGACUAGAAAAUGAAGUUUCUUCGCAUCAGCGGCGAGAUCCCACUGGCUAAUCCGUUUGCAGGCACGGAAAAGACAUGUCUGACAGAAACAUGGCUAAAGCAUCUGGUUCGACAGUUUAACGUCAUCCACAACUAUUUCUAACUGUCCAUUUGUGUAUAUGUGAAAGAGCAAUGGCUCCAGCACAUAACUAUAUGGACUAGCAGACUAUCAGCACUGCGAUACUAUGUCGGGGAACUGCUAACCCUCGAUGAAUUUUACAUUUUCCCAAAAGCGGCCGGGUGCGAACGGACUUAAAGCACUGGUUAUGAUAAUCAGGUUGUCUUUCAUUUUCUGGGGUUUCUAGAAGAUCAAAUGGGUGUGAGGUUUAGGUGACAAUCAACGCCAAGGGCAUGACCUCUAUCGGAAGUACCCCCUUAACAAUCUUUUGAUGUCGAAAUGUAUAUAUAUGGACAAUUGAGGUGCUAUUAAUUUUUAAGUUGUACAGGUUCUCGCAAUUUCCGCUAUAAGCCGGAUUUUGCGGCUAGAAGUUACUUGGAAUCUACAAACUAAUAAGACUAUACGCAAAUGGUAGAACUGAUCUUAUCCGGUUAGAGGUGUGGGUCUAUUGCCGCUGUCCGAGGUGGGGAGUUCCUCUAACAACUGUGUUGUAGUUGACCAGCAGCAGAUGGGGGAGGAUUCUGCGGCGGGUUGCUAAACGGUCGUUCCUUGACGUUAUUACCUCCCGAACAAUCCUUAAACAUCUAGGGGGGAUAGCAUGACUCUUUUUGAAGUUUGGCUUUUUAAUUGCUUGCCUAUGUGCUCUGUGAUUUACCGAACAUUUCGACUGUCAAAGGCAGCCAAUAAUGAGCGGUGGGCAUGCGACCCUGCAGUCUCCUUGAACACGCCUAUGCGAGAGUAUUUGCCCUAAACCUGCUGUCGAUUAAACCUCUAAGAAUCAUCCUUGCGAUAAAUUUAUCUAUCAGUUCUACCAAAGGCAUUGUUGAUCUGCGGCGCACAUUGUGUAACAAAUUCGUGAUUUUUCUUAGUCAGACUGCUGACCCUUUGACGUUUAGCUUUUAGCCUCUCUUCCUUGAGGCAGCUUGAUUAUGAGACCUUAGUGUUUAUUUGCCUCCGCUUCUAACAUGCUGGCUCAAGUAAUCAAACUUCCUGUGUUACCCAUAUAUCAAACAACUAGUUUUCUCUUCUGCUGGCGGUAACUAAGUUGUUUGAAUGCAUACUUCAAUGCCUUAAUUUCUUCUGUAUCUGUAAUCGCGGACAGCUACGUCGCUUUAUUGUUUCAUCAAGGAUGCUACUGGCUGUAUUAUUCCCAAUAAUCAGGAAUUUCUUUCUGUUCACCAAGGUGAUUAAGAUCCCCAAAGGUGACUUUCGCGCAUGCUUUGCAGAGCUGACGUCAGCUAGACUUUUCUGGCCUCGUAAACAUAACUUUACUAACACGAACUUUGGCAUAUUUUAUAUGCUGCCAACAACUGUGUUGUCAUUAAGACUGAGUGGAGAUGCGUGGCCCCCAGUUUGUGUGCAGAGCAACCUGCUUCACCAAUAAACCACGUAAUUGUUUUUGAUGAUGCUAGGAGGUCGUCCUUUUCAAUCAAUCGUCAGUAUGGAGUUCAAAAGCUUAAACGUUCUGUCCCAAUUUCUGGAGGCGAGAAACAUUUAUCUCCCGGACAACGACAUGAGCACCAUUUGAUGAGUUCUCAGUAACAGCAGAAAUUCCAUAAGCCUGCCGAGUGCAUUGCGCGUUUUAACAACGCGAUAUACUCUCGAUUGGACAAUCUUUCUUUCCGAUAGUUGUAGCGGCCAUAUUACAAGACCUUUCACUCCAACAUGCCAUCUUAUCAACAGUACUCCUGGCAUGUGAAGUAAUUGUUCACGAACAAGUUUUUACUGGGUCGUCCGCAAAAAACAUCCCUAUCAUUGGUAGUGCCGUGUGCGUCUAUCACUUAACUUCCGACAACUGAGGACUUUGGAAAUCAGUUGAUUAUAACUUUUGGUUUUCGAUGGUAAAGUUUUUCACAAGUAUCGUUGGAGUUUUCUUCUCGAGCUUUAGGAGAGCGUCCAGCUGGGGUUCUACUUUCCGCGACUUAUUCUUCAGGUCUUAUUCGAUUUUAGAAUGAUGAUUAAUUAGCACUCCAAGCUCAGUUUACAACAAACGUAACUGGAGAGAUCAAUUGAGCUCUAAUACGGACUAACCACAAGCCACAUUUCACCCUUCCACAGAAUGGGCCUGGAUGAAUCUGUCCUGUCUGUGACAAAACCGUUCCAAACUUGGCAACUAGUUACAUUCAAUGAAACUGCCCAAUUGACUUUUAUUAUAGAUUUAGACUACUCUAACGGGUGACAUGGUAGUUCGACCGCCGCGACCGACGACGUUUACUGCGUGUUUCGCAAAAGGGUAGGAGCAGGGACGGUGACUUGUGCGAAAAUUAGUUUAUAGUAAUAGCAGGAAUUAUAUGAAGAGUUCGGCCUAUAAAUGAUUUCUAAGUGUAGUGACAAUUGGGUGGACGGUUCCAUAGAAUUGAGCUUCAUAUUGCAAAUUUUCACUGAAGCACGUCUUUAAUUUGUCUUUCUUGUGACAUUUCUAAACUUGCGGCUGCACGUGCAAGGUUUUGGUGCCAGUGGUGCAUGAUAAGACUUCGCAGUUCCGCCAGUUGUCUUUAAUUGGUAGCUGCUUGUCACAAAGUUCAGUAAAGGCCUGCACUGUUUAUCGCGAAGCAAUCAUCCGCUUUCUGGGCAGUCGAUGCCAAAAAAACGCGACCCAUUAUGUUUGAAGUACACUAGUCUUUAACUUGCAGCACUUAUCUAUGGAAGCAUGCGGUUUCAUGAGGGGUUUCGGUUGAACAUAAGCCUUUACGGCAAAAUCCUUAAGUACCAAGCUUUCUGGUACUUCAGCUAACAGUACUGGAACCCAUGCGAAACGUCAGAAGACUGCAGUAGUAGAUACACAGUGUUGGAUGCUUACGAUUACCAAAAGGUCUACGCAGUAUGUUGAAAGCCAGUUGCAGACUAUAACUUGACGGGAAAGUACAUUGAGCAAUUGUAGAUAGCAGACGUAUUAGUUUCUUUGCAAGUCAAAAUCAUGUACACUGUCUCUAAAAGUGCUCUGGAAGCGCACGGCAUCACUCUUUAUGCAAGCCGUUUUCUCUGAGAACUCAAGCUACCCUGACCCUGACAGUUGCCUUUAAUAAUGAUUCUGUUCUAACUUGGAUCAUUUCUUAUUUUAGAAAGAAAACCGCAACAUUCUACCGCCAUUUAGUAAACUUGCCUCUCAGUACUGCGAUUUGUACAAAUCAACAUCUGUCAAAUUUCAAGAGUUAUUAUAG